AUGCACUCCAUUGUUUGAAAAAAAAAAUGUAAUUUACAUUAGAGGCAUUAGCAGAACAAAUCAGUGGGGAAUCCAGUCACACUGCUGCCCAGGCAGAGCAGAGACUCCUGGCUGCAUCAGGCAAAGAUGUACUUCCCGUUCAGCCGGUCAGGGUGCUGUGGUCGCGGAAUCGGUUGGAGACGGCGCCAGCGGGCUGCUCCCCGCAGGCGGUGCGAGGCCAAGUAAGCAGCCCAGGAUUCCGGCUUCAGGGCCGGGACAGGCGCCUUUAUACCAGGGACACGCUCCUCAAACCUCCGCUCGCUCCUCGAUCUGCUCAGACAGACCGAUGGCGGCGACCGCGCAGAGAAGCUCCGCAGAGGUGGUUGUGACCUUUGAGGAUGUUGCCGUGUAUUUCUCUAGGAGAGAAUGGCACCUCCUGGUGGAGGCUCAGAGACGCCUGUAUCUCGAUGUGAUGCUGGAGAACUAUGCUCUUCUGUCAUCACUGGGUUGCUGCUGUGGAGCAGAAGAUGUGGAGGCACCCAGUGAACAGAAUAUCAGUGUGAGAAUCUCAAAGGCUAUGAAUCUGAAGUCAGCUCUGCCUUCCCAGAAUAGCCACCCCUGUGAGAGUUGUGGGCGUGUCUUGAGAGACAUUUUCCUCUUAACUAACCAGCAGGGAACCCAACAGGGCCCAACACUGCUGAGGUGCGGGGCAUGUGCAAAACCAUUUCACUUCAGUGCACAGAGUCACCAGCACCAGGAUCAGGACACAAGGCAGAAUAGUUUCAUAAGCAGUGUGGACAGGGUCUCACUUGCAGAGAGCUGCGAUUACCAUCUGACGUGGAAUGCUUAUACCUGUAGUCAGGUUGGAAAAUGCUUUGUUAUCAGCACCGGGCAUCCUGAGCAGCAGGGUGCUAAUGCCAUGCAUAGGGAAAAUGAAAUCUCCAAGUCAGGAAUGACUUUUCAAUGUGCACAGUAUUAUACCUCAAGAGAAUGCAAGAAUGCCAUUGGCUGUGAUGACACACUUGUUGAGGACCAGAGAUUCCUUAUUCGAAGAAAGUGCUUUUUGUGUUGUGAAUGUGGGAAGUCUUUUACCAGAAUUUCUGCCUUCCGUGUUCAUCAGAGAGUUCAUACUGGGGAAAGGCCUUAUGAGUGCACUCUAUGUGGGAAGUCUUUUAAACAAAAAGAUACAUUUACUUCUCAUCAGAGAGUUCAUACUGGAGAAAGGCCUUAUAAGUGUGGUGAAUGUGGGAAAGCUUUCAACAGGAGCUUUGUCCUUCGUAUUCAUCAGAGAGUUCACACUGGAGAAAGACCUCAUAAGUGCACUGAAUGUGGAAAAUCUUACACCACUAGAUCUACCCUCCAUAAACAUCACAGUGUACACACUGGGGUCAGGCCUUUCAAGUGUGGUGAAUGUGGAAAAUCUUUCAACAGGAGCUUUGUCCUCCGUAUUCAUCAGAGAGUUCACACUGGAGAAAGGCCUUAUAAGUGCAAUGUAUGUGGAAAAUCUUUCGUGUCAAGUGCAAUCCUCUAUAUUCAUCAGAGAUUUCACACUGGAGAAAGACCUCAUAAGUGCAGUGAAUGUGGAAAAUCUUACACCUAUAGCUCUGAGCUCCGUGUUCACCAGAGAAGUCACACUGGAGAAAAGCCUUAUACGUGCACUGAAUGUGGGAAGUCUUUUAAGGAAAAAGAUAGCUUUAAUUGUCAUCAGAGGGUUCACACUGGAGAAAGGCCUUAUAAGUGUGAUGAAUGUGGAAAAUCUUAUACCCGUCACUCCAGUCUCCGUUAUCAUCAGAAGCUUCACUCUGGAGAAUGGCCUUAUGAGUGCACUGAAUGUGGGAAAUUAUUUAAGCAAAAAGAUAUCUUUAUUCGUCAUCAGAGAGUUCACACUGCAGAAAGGCCUUUUGAGUGCAAUGAAUGUGGGAAAUCAUUUAAGCAAAAACAUUCUUUGAUUCGUCAUCAGAGAGUUCACACUGGAGAAAGGCCGUAUAAGUGUGGUGAAUGUGGGAAAUCUUACGCGUGUUCCUCUGGUCUCCUUCAUCAUCGGAAAGUUCACACUGGAGAAAGACCUUAUGAGUGCACUGAAUGUGGGAAAUCAUUUAAACAAAAAGAAAACUUUAUUUGUCAUCAGAGACUUCACACUGGAGAGAGGCCUUAUAAGUGUGGUGAAUGUGCGAAAUCUUACACAUGUUCCUCUAGUCUGCUUCAUCAUCAGAAAGUUCACACUGGAGAAAGGCCUCAUGAGUGUGUUGAAUGCGGAAAAUCUUUUACCACUAGGUCUGAGCUUCGUAAACAUCACAGAGUUCACACUGGAGAAAGGCCUUAUGGGUGUACUGAAUGUGGCAAAUAUUUCAGAACUAGCUCUAACCUCCAAAAACAUAAGAGAGUUCACACAGUCUAAGGCCCAAGUGUGGUGAAUGUAGAAAAUCUUAUACUAGUCACUCUGGGCUCCGUCAUCAGUAGAAAGUGCACACUGUAGAAAGGCCUUAUGAGUGCAGUGAACAUGGGAAAUCUUGUACCUGUAGCUCUUCCUUCUAUUUUCAUCAAAGUGUUCACACUGGAUAAAAUACUUCUGAGUGCACUAAAUGGGGAAAUCCUUUGUGUAUAUCAGUUACCUCCAUUAUCGUGAUAGUUCACAGCAAAGGAACGCGUAUGAGUGUGGUGAAUGUGGGAAAUCUCUUACCUGUUGCCUUAACUAUCAUGUUACAGAGGCUACACACAGGAACAAAGUUCU